AUGGAAUUGCUAGAAGAUGCAAUGGAUGUCGCAACUGUAAGUGUAAAGAGACUGAAUUCAUGCAAGGAUGCAGCAGUUAUAGCUGAUGCUUCUCUUGCCAGAAGGGUGUUCAACAAAUCAGGAAUCGCAUCAUCAUACCAGGAGGCCUGGGACCAAGCUGUGGCCGUCUGCGACAGUAGUAUACGUUUCCUGCGGACGUUUGCACAAAAUAUGCAGCAGCGACUGCCGAACCUGCCCUCGCUGAAGCUGGAACAGAUGGUGCUGCUGCCCAACCGAAUUUCCGCUGCAGGGGUUGCAGUCUUAGCUACCGAUUGCUGCGUGUGGGGACAAGACGCAGCAACAAAAGCAGCAACGCAGCUAAAGCUAAUUUGUCUGAAUUUGGACAAGACAGGACGACUGUCCCCUGAAGAAGAAAAUAUCUUGGCGAUGUGGGACGAGCGGCAUAAGGUUGCUCAAGAGGCGCUCAUAUCGAUGCAGGAGCAACUGCAAGUGUUGAAAGAUACAACAGACCCGCUGGACUUCACGUAUAGGGCGACCGGGGCAGCAAGUGCAUUAAAGGGUGCAGCACCCCUUCUGCGGGACCUACUCAAUGGACUGUCAGAAUUCUUGUCCAGCCCAGCGUUCCUUGGUGCCAAACAACAUCGGAAGAAAGAGGCACGUAUGGAGGAUGUGGUUUCCGGUGUGGAGCAGACUAUAGACUUGCCAACUGCGAUGAAACCCAUUGUUGAGGCAGCAGUAGCAACCGAGCAGGAAGUGUUGGAUGUGGGAGGCCAGGUAGAGAUGCAGCUUUCCGGUCUAAAGGACCUCCCAUGGGUGCCUCAGUUGUUGUUGG